UGCAAACUUGUAUUAACCUACGGUAUAUUGGAAAAUACACAAAGGGCUUUCAACUACAUUGAACAGACCAUUAAAAACUCAAUCUUAACAACAAUUUUAUUAAUCUAUAUCAUAUUGUGUGGUGUACACAGACUUAAAAUAGGGCGAAAGGCUGAAGUUAAAAGUGUGCAUAUGUUUAUGUUUUUUACAUGACUCUAUGAUUAGCUUUGUGUCAAUUGUCAAAUUAACGUGACGUUUGAUGAACCUCAAUACAGUGAAUGAAAUUCUGUAAAGUUUCUCAAAAUUUAAUUCAAUUACUUAUUUAAAAUGUCGGAAAAUGGCCAACAUGCGUAAAAAGACUCAAGUUUCGUUUGUGAUUCGUGACGAGGAGGAGAGGAGGCAUAAAAACGGUGUGAGUUCUUUACAAUUGGACCCGAUACAAGGGAGGCUUUAUUCAGCCGGUCGAGAUGGAAUUAUACGUGUUUGGCACACGGGUGGAGGUACUCAAGACCGAUACAUACAGAGCAUGGAACACCAUACCGACUGGGUUAACGAUAUAGUGCUUUGCUGUGGCGGUAAGAAUCUAAUAAGCGCAUCCUCUGACACCACCGUAAAGGUAUGGAAUGCUCCGAAAGGCUUUUGUAUGUCUACUCUUAGGACUCAUAAAGACUACGUGCGAACGUUAGCCUAUGCUAAGGAUAAAGAGCAAGUCGCAAGCGCUGGCUUAGACCGUGCGAUAUUCUUGUGGGAUGUUAAUACUCUAACAGCCCUAACUGCAAGUAACAAUACAGUUACCACUUCAAGUUUAGUAGGCAAUAAGGAGUCCAUAUACAGCCUUGCCAUGAAUCCCCCUGGCACAAUUCUUGUCAGUGGUUCUACAGAAAAAGUACUUAGGGUGUGGGAUCCUAGAAACUGUUCAAGACUUAUGAAGCUCAAAGGUCACUCUGACAAUGUUAAAGCAUUAGUUGUGAGUAGAGAUGGAUCGCAGUGUGUGUCAGGAAGUUCUGAUGGUACUAUAAAGCUAUGGUCAUUAUCGCAACAAAGAUGUGUAUCUACAAUUCGAGUUCACUCCGAAGCGGUUUGGGCUCUUUUAGCCACAGAAAACUUUACUCACAUUAUAUCUGGUGGAAGGGAUCGUCUAGUCAUUAUAACUGAACUCAGAAACCCAGAUAACUUUAUGAUAGUUUGUGAAGAGACUGCACCUAUUCUUAAGUUAUGUUUCACAGCUGAUCAGCAAGGUGUGUGGGUUGCCACUUCAGACUCAGACAUAAACUGUUGGAAGCUGCCACCUCUUAACUCUUUAAACUCUGAUAUGUAUAAUCAAAAUAAUUACAACACAAAUAAUGUUUAUCAGACACAACCUCUACAUCAUAUAGCUGGUGGGAGAGCAAUAAAACAUUACACAGUGCUUAAUGGAAAACGGCACAUUUUAACUAAAGAUACUGCUAAUAAUGUUGUUUUGUAUGAUGUGUUGAAAGCAUGUAAAGUGGAAGAUUUAGGAGAGGUUGACUAUGAAGAGGAAGUAAAGAAAUGUUUUAAAAUGAUCUACGUACCAAACUGGUUUAAUGUCGAUUUAAAAACUGGUAUGCUCACAAUACAUUUAGGACAAGAUGAAACAGACUGUUUCAGUGCCUGGGUCAGUGCUAAAGAGGCUGGUUUAACCACUGAGAUGGAUCAGAAAGUAAACUUUGGGGCAUUGUUGCUGCAAGCAUUACUGGAACAUUGGAAUCACCCCAACAGGGUGAAUGAAGCAGGGCAAAAAGUUAUCGGGAAUAAUUUUUUCAGUGUCCCAUUGCAUACACCAUUAAUAUUUAGUGAAGUGGGUGGCAGAACACUUUAUCGACUGCAGGUAGGUGAUGCAGGAGGCGAGACUGAGAGCAAUCUUCUGAUGGAGACUGUACCAUCUUGGGUGGUUGACGUAGCUAUAGAGAUGGCAGCGCCUAAACUUAACAAACUGCCAUUUUAUCUGCUACCACACUCUAGUUGUCAAAGCAAACAGGACAGACAGAAAAAGGACCGAUUAGUAGCGAACGACUUCAUCCAAUGCCGCAAAGUUGCGGAGCAUGUGGUGGAGAAGAUCGUCGGCGGUGGUGAUGUGAACGGAGCAAGCGCGGCCAAGAACAGCGAGGAGAGUGUGAAUGAGUCACCUGAGGAGAGGGUCGAGUUGCUGUGCUGUGAUCAGGUAUUAGAUCCUAACAUGGACUUAAGGACAGUAAGGCACUUUAUAUGGAAAUCCAGCGUGGAGUUCACGUUACACUACAGAGUGCUGAAACAAUGAAAAUCAAUUGUUUUCUCUAUGGAAUUGAACAAACAGUUGAGAAAGUGUUGUGUUAUCUUUGAUCAAGAUAAGGAAGUUUCGUACAGUGAGUUAAUUUAAAUAAUAGUGGUAUUAUUGAUCAUGUUUACUUUAGAGCCACCAAAAACUUGAGAUUUUUCAAAUUAAUUAUUGAUCAAUCAAAUUAUAAUCUGGCCAUCGAGAGACCGAAAAAAACAUAGAAGCCGUACUUUCUAACAAAUUGACAUUCGAAUUGGGUUUAAUAAGUCCAUUUGCAUUGAGUCACAAAGAACAUGAUUGGUUCUACAGUAUGUCAUGCAGCAUGGGACAAGCCGUGAUUGGCUGUCAGCAUUGUGUCUAGCGAACCAAACACAUGCGGGGCACACUUCAUAAGCCACUCCCACCGAGUGUUUUCGUUUGGCUAUUUUUGAGCAGUAGAUAUUCUUCUAAGUUUUAGUCUUUCGCUGGUUCAUGUCACAUCUGUGUGUCAGUUAUUUAAAAAAAACAGUUAAUUUAACCUUGUAACUUCACACGUUCUUCACACUUCACAAGUUUAAGAGAAAUUCUGUUUUAUAAUUUAGUAAGCGCAAAAAAAGUAUGAUAUGAUAUAGCAUUUAAACUAUUUAAUGAUAAUUAUCCUUUAGUAUUGCAAAUAAUUUACUACUCCGCAUUGGACCAGCCUGGUGGAAUACGGACUACACCCUUCUCAUUGUCGAAGGAGAUCUGUGCCCUGUACCUAUAUCGGCUGAUGAAAUGUUCUAUUUUUUUAUAUCUCUGUGGUUUGCGGUGGCUCUAACAAUGAUUACUCAACUGUGUAUAGUGAAAACAACUGUAACGUUUUUCCGAUGUAUUUAUAUUUCUUAUUUGUAAUACAGAGUAAACUCUACAAGUCUUUUAGUGAGUACUGACGUAUCUGUAGGUAUAAUGAUUGUAUGAUGUCGUUAGAAAUCAAUAUGUCUGCUAAGUGAAAAGGUUAUCGCUAUGCUAUAUUGUGUAUAUCUAUUUAUAUAGUCCAUUGUACGGUCUAAUGCUUGAUGUACUUAUGAUAUUGUAUAAAAAUGUGAAUAAAAUUUGAUGUCAUUAUUGUGAUUCGUCAAUUAUGAAAAUUUAAAUGUAAGUUAUUUGACUACAUUCCUCUUGACGUAAAACAAAAUAAUACAAGUAAGGAAAAACUGUAUUUCAUGCAGUUCUAAACGACAAUUUAAUGUACAUACAAGUGUAUUAUCUAUAAAUUUUCUAGUUUUUAUUGUACUUCAGUUGGAAUAGUGUCCCAUCUUUGUGUGUCUGUUUGAUGUGUCUGACUGGAGUAGCUGUCCUUAUACCAAUGACAGUUGAAAUCUCCCCAUUUGACAUAGUUUAUCUCUGGAACUAAUAUGGAACAGUCUUCUUCUUCGGCUAAAUGCUGUCCCAUUGAUAUGACUACGCUUUCCAGCAUAUUCUAGCACACUGCCCGAUUGUGCAUCAAAUUUCUUGAGUAUAUGGGCUCUCAGAUCUGCGUUCACGAUAUCUAGCCAGAACUUUCUUGGCUAAAACUCCAGCCCUCAAAUCUUCUAGUGACUUGGAUUCCUGAUGCUUCUUAAAUUUAACCUUCUUCCUAAUUACCCAUUGAACCGAUUCAUUCCAUCACCACGUUUCACUUCAUUACCAGAUUCAGUGAUUUCUCAGGGCUCUGCGUCAAAAACGAUCCACUGACUUAGUUUCGGCAGCGAAUCCUAUACUUUCGACGCCUAGGCGAAAAUCAUUUACUUUGUCUCUGUCUUCAUUUGGUUUUGGGUACUCUACGCUUCCUUUUUUUUGGACAGUUUUUAGGUCCAUGACAAGGAUGCUGUGUUGAGUUGUAUGAACCAAUACUACAGUGUUUUUAUUUAUUCAAGUUUUGGUUCCUAGGACACUUUUAUCACAGUUUCACAACAUAGAUAAAUUGGUGACAAAAAUAAAAUUAAUACUGUUUUUUUAUUUUACUAAACACCGAAUUAAAUUUUCAGAAUAACUUACGGAUUGUCUUUUCAUGGUUAUUUUUACAUUCAAUACGCUAUUGGUUUGAUUGGAAUAUAAGCAAAUUUAAAUUUUUAGAAAGCAUUCAAAGGAGGACGGUGAGCUCCCAUAUAGUUCUGGACCCAGACUUAAGAUCCACGUUCACGAAUAAAACUUCUAAUACUUGUAGUACUAAACUAGAGUAACAAAAAAAGUUAAACAAAGUAAGCGAAAUAAAGUAGGGAGAAAAAUAUAUUCAUAUUAUUGUUGAACGUGAGUUUGGUUAAUAUUUUAUCGUAUCAAAGCAAAAAUUUUUGAUUAUCUUACUACUUAUGCCAAGGAGAACAUUAACAUUGGAAGAUGUUAUUUAAGCAAGUUAAAAUUGACACA